CCACUCGGUCAAGUUCUACUUAGUCUUGUUUAGCCCGUCCGAUUGGGCAAAGAUGUACCUUUAACAGGUCUCUCUGGAUUGGGUUAUCAUCAUAUCAAGAACAUGUCUGCAAAUCGGAGGGUUUUGAUCCUGGGAUGCGGCUCGGCGGGCCUCAACACAGCCUUGAUCCUUCAGCAGGAGAUCCCUGAGCUCGAAGUGACUUUAAUGGCCAAGGAUUUUCCACCACAUACGACCAGUGAUGUGGCGGCCGGAAUCUUUAGACCUGGGUCGACAUUUCAAGCCCCGACCGAGGAACUUCGACAUGAGUGGCUCGCAUUCUCCUGGGAUUACUAUACCAAACUGAGGAUCAACGAGGAUCAAUCUCAGACUGGUAUCAUAGAGAUGCCUUGUUAUAUCUUGACCUCAAAUGAGAAGACCAUGUUCCAAUUUCCAUUUUUGAGCCAACGCGCCUCAGGAUUUCGGGAGUGUUCCAAGCAAGAGCUCAACGUGUUCCAGCCCCCGGGGAAGUGGGUCAAAGGCCACUACUUUCGUACGAUGGUUAUCGAUAACAGCCGAUUCUUGCCUUGGGCCAUGCAAAGGUUCACUGAGCGUGGGGGCAAACUCAUUUCCAGGCAAAUCAACAGCUUCGAGGACAGAAUACUCAAGGAGUUCGAUGUAGUUAUCAAUUGCACCGGCCUCGGAUCCAAAUAUUUGUGUCCAGACCGGAAAAUGGUCCCUGUUCGAGGCCAAGUAGUUAAAGUGAAGGCUCCUUGGAUGAAAAUGGCUGUCUAUGGCGAUGCCGAGUCUUACAUUAUCCCAGGGGUGGAUUACGUGACCUUGGGUGGAACCAGGAACUUCAACAACUACUCACUGGACGCCGAACCCAUGGAAACCGAGACCAUUUUGAAAAGGGCGUGCCUCAUGGUGCCGAGUCUGGAAAAGGCUGAGGUCGUCUCUGAAAGAGUGGGUCUUCGACCUCAUCGACACGAGGUCCGGCUCGAAUUGGAAACCCGUUCCAAUGGCUUAAAGGUGGUCCAUAACUAUGGCCAUUGUGGAUAUGGCGUCAUGGCCUCGCCGGGGACCUCGAAACACGCGGUCGAGCUCGUCAAAGAAUCCCUGAGGACCGAAAAUAAGUCUUGGAUGGACAAACAUAAGCUUUGAGAUGGGCGGGUGGACCUCAAACUAUUUCAGAUAGUACUAUAUGAACGAGAUACAAGUCAUGUUUAGAGUACCUUGUACUUGCUUUUAGGUCGGAGAUCCUCAAUAGAGAAAUAGAGAAACAACAUAAGAAAACAUA